AUGAAGCACGCUCUGCUUUUUCUGGGCAUACUUUUGUUGUCCACAUUAGGCUUCUACUCCACUGCACAAGGAGAUUUCGAUGUUCGCCAGCAUCUCUCUACUGUGACCAGAUAUGGAGUUGUGAAAGACAUUGCUGACAAUUCCUUUGUUCCUUCUGAUAUUCCUGAAGGAUGUGUUCCAAUCCACUUAAAUCUUGUGGCAAGACACGGAACCCGAUCUCCUACAAAGAAAAGGACAAAGGAAUUAGACCGUUUGGAAGAUAGUCUGAAAUCACUGAUAAGCGGUGCAAAAAAACAAAAUUUACCGUUGGAUAGAGUUCCUUCAUGGUUGCUUGAAUGGGAAUCUCCUUGGAAAGGAGGGAGCAAUGAUGGUGAAUUAAUGAGCAUAGGAGAGAAGGAAUUAUAUGAUCUGGGAAUCAGGACUAGGCAAAAAUUUCCAAAUUUGUUUGAUGAGGAGUACCAUCCAGACAUAUAUCCUAUAAAUCCGACUAAGAUUCUUCGAACAUCAGCUAGUGCUGACGCAUUUAGAAUGGGGCUUUUCAGUGGUAAUGGAGGCCGUGGACCAGGGAAGCACGCAGGUUUUGCUGUUCCACCUGAAAGUGAUGCCAGCGACAUACUUCUGAGAUUCUUUGAUAUAUGUAGUAACUAUAAGAAUUCCAGGGAAAGGAAGAAGCCUGUUGUUGAUAAACGCAAGGACCCUAUCUUGGAUGAGAUUACUUCUGCAUUGGUUGGCCGCUAUGGGCUGAACUUUGCAAGGGAGGAUAUAUCUUCUCUUUGGUUUUUGUGUAAACAGGAAGCAUCCUUGUGGGAUAAAACAAAUGGAGCAUGUAAACUUUUCAACUCUUCUGAGCUUACUUCGUUAGAGUGGACGGAUGACCUGGAGCUCUAUGAAUUGAAGGGUUGUAGAGAUCCACUAAACUAUAUAAUGGCAGUGCCUUUACUUGAAGAUGUUGUUGAAUCCAUGAAGCAAGCUAUUCAAGCUAGAGAAGAAAAACGAACGUCCGGAAGCUAUGAAAAGGCAAGACUUAGGUUUGCCCAUGCUGAAACUCUACUUCCUUUCUCAUGCCUGCUCGGUCUUUUUCAUGGGGGAUCUGAAUUUGAUCAGAUUCAAAAGGAGCAACCGGGGCAGCUCCCUCCAAAGCUUCCCCACAAAAGAAAAUGGCGGGGGAGCGCUAUAGUUCCUUUUGCUAGUAACAACAUGUUGAUCCUCUAUAGUUGUCCUGCAACAGAGAAAUCCACCAGCAGUUACUUUGUGCGAGUUCUGCACAAUGAACAUCCCAUGCCACUGCCAGCUUGUGGCCAUUCUGAUUUCUGUCCAUUUGAAGUAUUCAAGGAAGAGGUAUAUGGGCCUCAUGAGAAGCAUACGUUUGAUGCAAUCUGUAAUGAGAAGGUAGAACACACAGGUGACCAAGGAAAAGGCGAUGACAACCGCGAAGAUGAGCUUUAGGCUACUAUGGGUUUCAUUUAGCCCUUCUUCCUUGUUGGUGCCGCUUUACUAAUUUUCAGCAUGGGAGAAAGCAACUCUAAUGAAAUUGUAGAACAAUGUUUCUGUUGGGUUUCAUUUCGUGAAUUUUGAUAAAACUUAGCUCGACCUGUUACAAGUCAAAUCGAACUCAUUUUUCCCCCGUAUAAUACGC